AUGAGUUCAAAAAGAAAAACUCCUGGAAGCUCAAGCUCUUCUUCAAAGAAGCAAAAAAGAGCGUUUUCACAGGAUGAGCUAAAGCAGUUUCAUAAUUCAACUUUGAAAUUGGUCAACGAAUUAAGAGCUGAUAACGAUAGGCCUUUGACUGAACCUUUUAUAAAAUUACCCUCUAAGAAAUUAUACCCAGACUAUUAUGUCGUGAUCACUAGUCCUAUUACUAUUUCUGAUAUUCAGAAGAAGGCAUCCAAAGGAAAAUAUUCAGAAAAUCCCGAAGAGUUCUUGAGUGAUUUUAAAUUACUUCACGACAAUGCUUUAGCAUAUAAUGACCCGGAGUCCUGGAUUGUUGCUGAUGCUUCCAGAAUAUACGAGUUCGUUGAUGAUCAAGUUAAAAGCUUCGAGGAAUCACAUGGAGCGCCCGAAGAACCGUCACCUCUUUCAAAAGAUUCAAAAAAGGCUAAGAAGAGCCACAAGAAGGAAGCCGAUCACAUAGAACCUGAAAACAAAUCUUUGGAAUUAACUUUUAAUAAUCUUUCUGGUAUUUGUAAAACUCUAGUCAAGGAGGUCGCCGAUCAUGAGUUUCCUGAAAUCGGCGUUAUCAGUGGACCAUUCAUGGACGAUAUAGACCCCAAAGAGUACCCGGAGUACUUCAAAGUUAUUAAAAAGCCUACUUCCUUCAACAAUGUACUUAAUAAAUUAGACAAAGGAAAAAUUUUAUCCUCCAAAGUAUCCAUUUUAGACAAUCUACAGAGGUUUUAUGAUGCAACCUCGGCCAUAUUCACAAAUGCACAGACAUUCAACGACCCAUCUUCAUUAAUUCAUCAAGAUUCCGUGAAGCUUCAAAAUUUCUUUGAAGAAAAGUUCAAUGAUGUUAAGUCAAAAGCGGAGGAGAUUAGAGAAAGAAAGAAUAAGUUGAAAUUGAAAGUGAAGAAUCCCGAAAGUAAAGAUCAAGCACCAGCAAAAGUUAAGCUAAGCUUAAAACUCAAAUCCUCGGAGGAAAAGUCUCCCGAUGUCCCUAAAAAGCGCUCAAACAAAGGUAUUGAAGUGAAAAAUGAAGAUGAAAUUGAACCAGCUGAAAAAGAUGAAAUAGACGAAGGAUCAGUGCAAUCUUCUGUGGAAGAUGAAAAGGAGAAGAACGCAAAAGAGGUAUAUUCGGAUGAUCCUGAGAAAAACUUAUCACUGAAAAGUGAACUUUUGAUGUCUGCUCCUUCUAAUGUUAUGGGCAAGUCACCGCCGUGUAUUCCAGAAUCAGAAGCAAUCAUACAAGGUGUUUCGUUAUCUACAUCCCUUUCACAUGUCUCACAACUCACGCAGCUGGCCUAUCAACAGAUCCAACAAGUGCAAAGCUCUGUUUCGCUUUCUAAAAUACAAGCUUUUAAGCAGAGUUUGUUCCCCAUGCAUUCAUUCUCUUCUGCAGUAACUAUGUUUGAUUACAAGUUUAAAGCCAAUGGCUAUGCAUCACUGUCUUAUACUCUCUCAUUAGCACCAGACACGUCUUCAUUUUUGAGCUUAAAAAUUUCAUUGCAUUCAUUGCUUUGUCAUGUCAAGAAGCCGGAUUUAGCGAAUGGCCAAACCUAUGUUGGUAUGGGAUCGAAUGAAGAGUUCCAGUGCAGCUUACACGUGAAUGAGGAUGAGGUUACGAAUAGUGGAGAGUUCUUUGAAGAUAGAGAAAAUGGGAAAGAGGAUUUGCUCGGCAUACUGUAUGAUUUGAAGCUAAGCUAUGGUUUAAAUAUACUUUCCUUCGAAUGCAAAGUUGCACCUUCUUUAAGCAAAAAAAUUAAGAAAUCCCCACCGAAAGAAGAAAGCGAUGAGAUAUCAGGGCGGCAUACGAGGCACCAGCUCCAGCAAAUGAAGAUGUCAUGGGACGUUGAGCAGGUGAAGUUUUUUGUGAUAUGUAAUAGUGUGUAA